AUGAGUCCAUCCGCGCUCAGCUGGGCUGCCAUGCUCUACGCGCGACACUUCGCCGGCCUUUGCUGGGGCCCAUCAAUUGUCGUCGUCGCCAACAAUGAGCUUGAUCGUCUCUUUCCCUUCACCUUCAUCAUCCUGCCACACUCCCGCCGGUCCGCCUCGACACGCAACAGCGAUGGAGCUGUAGGCCCCGACACCGUUUCACCUCGCCUCCCUUCCGCAAACGCUCCCUCCAUCAUGCCAUCCUCCGACAUGAUGGCGGCCGCCGAGACCCUGGCGUCCGUCGCCUCCGCUGGCCCAUCCACACCGGCCCACGAAGCUCCUUCGUCUUCUCGAUCCCAACCCAGGAACUCCACCGCCUCGUCUUCGGCCAACACCUCGGAACCAAAGAAGCGAACGCGUCCCGUCAGCGCAUGCGAGGCCUGUCGCGCAAAGAAGGUGCGAUGCCUCCUCUCGCCAGACGCUCCCGUCUGCCAGAACUGCCUCGCCUCGGGCAAGCAGUGUCUCUUCCGCGUCGACGACCUCGCGCCCGCUCUCCGCGCAGCCCGUUUCGCUCACUGCGGUCCACCAAGCGCAAAUGCCAGAACCAUAGCCUCCAAAAAGGGAAACAAGUCCGCAGCACGCAAGUCCAUCGACGACUCCGACGAUGCCGCCGCCCGCCCCAAACCAGCCAAGCGCAAAAAGUCCACCGAGGACUCCGAGUCGCCCAUCCCCAAGGAAAAGGAUGCUGCACACCAAUCCACUCCGGCUGCCGCCUCUGCCGCCCCUGCCGCCGCCUCAUCGUCUUCUGCCGCAGCCAAGCACAAGGCAAAGGCCGUCUUCCGCUCCUUCGCCAAUCCCACCAACCUCGCCGCGCCUCUUCCCGUACCCAUCACAAACACGCCCAUGCAGCCUACCACCUCGGCAUCGUCUUCCUCCAACAUCAUGGCCUCGCCCUCCAGGACUUCGCAUCCCAACAUCGUGCGCAUGCAUUCCUCCUCAUCCUCCCGGCGCCGUUCAGAGACAACCUCCACACAGAACGACUUCUUCGAUCGAGACUUUGCCUCAUCCGCCGGCCCCUCGACUUCCUCCGCUAUGGCCUAUCACAAACAGCGAUUCGAUCAUUCCGGCAUGGUAGGGGCGCCCAUCGACCCAUUUGCACAAUCCCACGACGCUUCCUACUAUGGCCAUCCCGUCGAGGUCGCCGCUGCGUCCGGAGUCAGCCCAGCCUCGGGAGCUCCUUCCGUCUUCCUCCAGCACCAGUCUCCAAGCGACGGCAGCGUCUUUUCCAAUCGAUCCGGUCGCUCUGCCACCAUGUUUGCGGCGCCCAAGCCUCUUCAUCCGCCAUCCGUCGACCAGCACACAUCGCGACGCAAGCUCUCGGCACCCGCCUCACAUUCUCGCAGACCUCCAAGUCGACCCAUCGACCCCAUGUCGCUCGAGUACUACGGCCACCCCUCCGAUUCCGCUUCAGUGCACAAGUUCGAGGAUCCAGACCGACCGCUCGUAGAUCGCAACAUGCCCCACAACGAGUCUGGCUCUCCCGCUCGCGGUGUCUCCGCAGAGCUUCGCGACGGCAUCGAGAGGUGGCAGCGCAGCGGUGCCAGCCGCCCAGGUGACGAGCACGACGAGUCUGCGGUCCAAGAGAUCCUCGUCGCCCAGCCGCGCCCAAAGAUCGUUCUGCCCUUCUUCCGAUGGUUCGGCACUACGGCCAACACGCCUGGCUACCGAAAGAUCAAGGUCGGCGUCCUCCAGGACUCGGAGGUGCCCGGCACCGACGAGCUCGCUCCAGCGCUCGAGGCCAACCAAGCCUCGGAAAACCCGCCCAACUUUGGCUUCACCAUUCGCGACGACGACGACACCGCCGCUACGCCCGCCAAACCCUUGGACGACAGCGUGCUCUCCCCGCAUCCAGCGCGCACUGCGAGCCCUGGCGCGCACCGCUUCGAGAACAAGGCAUCGUCCUCGGUCACCCGCGAGCUCUUUGAGAUCAACCGCCCAAGAUAUCCGCGCAAAGACAUCCUCGAACACCUCGUCUCGCUCUUUCUCACCCACUUCAAGUCGUCCUGGUGCCCAUGGAUGGAGGACGACGAACUCAAAAACGGCGUCGACAACGGAUCCAUGCCCGCCAUCCUCGCCAACGCCGUAUGCGCUGUGGCUGCACGCUUCUCCAACCGACCCGAACUGCGCAAAGUGCCGCGCAAAUCGUCGGGCGAUCCGUUCAGCGAGAUGGCCAAGAUCCUCAUCAUCCCGCUCCUCUCUUUUCCCUCGAUCGAGGUCAUCGAGGCGCUCAUCCUGCUCAGCUACGCCGAGUUUGCCGCCGGCAGCGACUCUGGCCUGUGGAUGUACGUCGGCAUGGCGCUCCGCAUGGCGCAGGACCUCGGCCUGCAGCACGAGGUGAGCAUCCAGAGCAUCCCCAACGAAAAGCACCAGGAAAAGGCUCGCCUGCUCUUUUGGGCUGUCAUUGCGCUCGACCGCAUCACCACCUUCGGUACGGGCCGGCCCGUUUCGAUCCGAGAAAACGAGAUCGACAUUGAACUGCCCAAGCUGACCGAGAGCAGCGACAUGAAGGACGAGACGGUGGUAUUUGGUCACGUGGUGCGCAUCCUCAUGCUCCGAGGACGCAUGGGCGAGCUGCUCAACCGACGCGAGCGCGACGACUCGUCCAUCUCGGCAGAGACCACCAAGCGCGACCUCACGCGCAUGUGGUUCGAGCUCGCGCAGAGCUACUCCGAUCUUCCGGCCAACUUGCACUUCAACGUGCAGACGUUCCAGAAGAGCGCCACGCACAAUCAGAGCCCUGGCUUCGUGUAUUUGCACGUGCUCUUCCAGUCGACGAUCGGACUGCUCGAUCGUCCGGCGCUCAUGAAAAAGUUCACGGGCGAUUCGGUGCCGCUGCUGCCGUCGUUUGCUCCCGCGGCCAGUGCGGCAGCUAGCAGAACGAUCGCGGAUAUCCUCACGCUUGGCGACGCGUUCGACGAUCGAUGCAUCACUGCUUCGCCUUAUCUCGAUCAGCUCGUGCUGCCGGCGGGCCGGUCGUUUGUGGCCGAGCGCGAGGCGGCAAGGGAGGCGCUGCGCAACAUGGGCCACGGCACGACGCCGGCACCGAGUCGGCCUCCGUCACGCGGUGGGCCUGCGCAGCAGCAGCAACAGAGUCGCACGAGUGCGCUUGUUUCGACCAAGUCGUACGCCGAGAUCAACCUGGGUGCGUGCCAGAGGAUCCUGCAGAAGCUGCAGCAGUACUGGGCGGGUGCAUCGUGGCCGCUGCGAGCGCUUGAACAGGAGGCGGCAGGUAACGGCAGCGAGGUGGAUCCGCAGGCGUCGGACGAGGAUGCGCAGAGCGCGCCCAUCCGCGACAUCGAGAUGGUGCUCAAGUGGGCCAAGUCGCGCAUCCGCUCCAAGAAGCGGCUGGCACGCUCGCUGCACGCCACGCCCAAGGCGGACGCUAUGGCGCUCGACUCGAUCGACGGCGUCAACGGCAUCCUGGCCGCCAACACUACAGGCUCGGACGAGUUUGCUUCGACACACAGUGGCGACUCGCCGUUUGGACUGGGGAUCUCGGCCGGGUUGACGUUUGAUAUCGAUGCGCUUAUGGGGAGCUGGCAGAUGGACCAGUUUGAUCCCGUGGCUUCGUUCCAUGCGCCGAUUUCCAUGGCGCAGUUCGAGGCUACGCCUGCCCAUGCGCAGCAAGAGCAGCACGAGCAUCAACAGCCACAGCCACAGACGUAUGGAGAGGGUGGCGGAUAUGUGUAUGGUGGAGAGGCAGGUGGACGACGCACAUCCAUGUCGGGUCAGGCAGCGCAGCAUUUGCAUCCGUCAGCAGCGGGGGGCGUGAUGGUAUCGCCUAGCCGCACGCAUUCGCAUGCACGCACGGGGUCUAUGGGCACAGCACUCACACCCUACGCCCAUCCACCAACCCCAGGCCAGCUCGAUACAUCGUCAUUCGCAGUCGCCGAGUUCUUUUCCCAUGACCAGAGCGUCUGGCCCCUCGCGAUUCAGAACGACGACUUUGACCAGGAGGCGGUCAACCUCAUCGCCUCCGCCAUGCAGUUACCCUCCUACCCACAGCAGUAG